AUGUUAUGUGAGAAACAUUUUCAAGAACCUUUCUUUCUUUCUUUCUUUUUCUCACUUUCUUUCUUUCUUUUUCUCUCCUUAUUUCUUUCUUUUCUCUCACUUUCUUUCUUUCUCGAUACAUUUUUUCUUUCUUUUACUGUAUGUCUUCUUUCUUUCUUUUUCUUACUUUCUCUCUUUCUCAAUGCAUUUCUUCUUUCUUUCUCACUUUUUUUCUCUCUUUCUCAAUGUAUUUCUUCUUUCUUUCUCACUUUCUUUCUCUCUUUCUCAAUGUAUUUCUUUUCUUCCUUUCCUUUUCUCAGUUUCUUUCUUUUUCUCACUUUCUUUCUUUCUUUUUCUUUCUCUCUUUUUCCUUUCUUUCUUUCUUUCUUUUUCAAUGCAUUUCUUUUUUCUUUCUCUCUUUCAUUCUCUCUGAAUGUAUUUCUUUCUUUCAUUCUUUUUCUUACUUUCUUUCUCUCUUUCUUAAUUGCAUUUCUUCUUUCUUUCUUUCUCACUUUCUUUCUUUCUUCCUCAAUGUAUUUCUUUUCUUUCUUCCUUCCUUUUCUCAAUUUCUUUCUUUUUCUCACUUUCUUUCUUUCUUUCUUUCUUUCUUUCUUUCUUCCUCAAUGUAUUUCUUUUCUUUCUUCCUUCCUUUUCUCAAUUUCUUUCUUUUUCUCACUUUCUUUCUUUCUUUCUUUCUUUCUUUCUUUCUUUCUUUCUUCCUCAAUGUAUUUCUUUUCUUUCUUCCUUCCUUUUCUCAAUUUCUUUCUUUUUCUCAUUUUCUUUCUUUCUUUCUCAUUUUCUUUCUUUUUUUAUUCUUUCUUCCGUUCUUUCUUUCUCAAUGUAUUUAUUUUUCUCCUUUUUCUCACUUUCUUUCUUUCUUUUUCCUCACUUCCUUCCUUACUUUCUCGAUGCAUUUCUUUUUCUUUCUUUCUCAAUGUAUUUCUUUUCUUUCUUUCUUUCCUUCUUUCUCAAUGUAUUUCUUUUCUUUCUUUCUUUCUUUCUUUCUUUCUUUAUGAAACUUUCCUUCUUUCCUAA